CUUUACUCCACACACGCUUCUAAGCCUCGGCACAUCUCCUCACAUCGCUACUAACUACACUUUAUUCAUCCUCCGUGUCAGGAUAAACUCCACUCGUCUCACUCAACUUUGGACAUUAUUAGGCCAGCUUAGCUUGUUAGUUGUUUUAGCGCGCUAGUUAGCUCAGCGUGCUAGUUAGCUUAGCUUGUUAGCUGCUAACAAAGAGACGCGGAUUCGAUCAACACAUCGCUUAGUUAAGAUCAAGUGUGAGUGUAAAGUGUUGUGAUUGUGUGAAAAUGUGCGAAAGAACGAUAGCAGAGUACAAAGAGGAACUUUCUCGGACAAAAGAAGAAAACAAGAGACUACGUCAACUACUGGAGGCUGUUUUCAAGAAACCUCAAGUUGUGUUACACAGAACAGACGUCUGUGAAUUAUAUCGUCCACCUGAGCAGCAGGAGGGGUCCUCCAGUAUGGAGCAGAAGAGGUCACAGAACCUCCACGUGAAAGAAGAGGAGCCACAGCCCCCCCACUUAAAAGAUGAAGAGGAAGAGUCACAGACUCCUCACAUUGAGAAUAUACAGUCCCUUCACGUAAAAGAGGAACCGGAGGAUCCGCAGCCCUCCUACGUCAAAGAGGAAGAAAAACAGCGGCUGUCCCCCCACUUCAUAGAGGAAGACAAGAGACACCUCAUCAGUGUGAAGAGUGAAGAUGAUGAGGUCAAAGGUGAAAGUGAGGAGAAGAGAGAGGCGGAGCCUCCAAGCAGCAGCUCAACUCAACACAUGACAACAGAAGCUGAUGGAGACCACUGUGGAGGAUCACAAGCAGACAAGCUCUUAGCUCCACUAUCAGAUAGUGAGGACACAACGUCACACUCUCCUGACACUGAUGAUGAACACUCUAAAGAUGAUAAGACAUGUCACACUGACAACACACACUUCACAUGUUCUCACUGUGACAAAACUUUUAAUGACCGUUGUCGUGUAAAAACACACAUGAGAACACACACUGGAGAAAAAUCUUUUUCCUGCUCAGAAUGUGGUAAAAGUUUUGCAGUAAGUCAAAGUUUAAAAGUACACAUGAGAAUACACACUGGAGAAAGACCUUUUUCAUGUUCAAUCUGCGGUAAAGAUUUUACUCGAAGGCACGAUUUGAAAAGACACAUGAGAAAACACACUGGAGAAAAACCUUUUUCCUGCUCAGAAUGUGGUAAAAGUUUUGCAGUAAAUCAAAGUUUAAAAGAACACAUGACAACACACACUGGAGAAAAACCUUUUUCCUGCUCAGAAUGUGGUAAAGAUUUUACUCAAAGCAGCAAUUUGAAAACACACAUGAGAAUACACACUGGAGAAAAACCUUUUUCAUGUUCAAUCUGCGGUAAAGAUUUUACUCAAAGGGACGAUUUGAAAAGACACAUGAGAAAACACACUGGAGAAAAACCUUUUUCCUGCUCAGAAUGUGGUAAAAGUUUUGCAGUAAAUCAAAGUUUAAAAGAACACAUGAGAAUACACACUGGAGAAAAACCUUUUUCGUGUUCAGUCUGCGGUAAAGAUUUUACUCACAGUUCCAGUUUUAACGCACACAUGAGAAUACACACUGGAGAAAAACCUUUUUCCUGCUCAGAAUGUGGUAAAAGUUUUGUAACAAAUGUAAGUUUAAAAGUACACAUGAGAACACACACUGGUGAAAAACCAUACUCCUGUUCAAGCUGCAACAAAAGCUUCCGUCGCCUAAUAACUCUUACAGUACACAUGAGAACACACACAGGAGAGAAAGUGUUGAGUUGCAGUGUGUGUGGUGAAAGAUUCUCUUCUAAGUACCAGUGUAAGAAACACAAGAGUGUAAAGUGUUGUGAUUGUGUGAAAAUGUGCGAAAGAACGAUAGCAGAGUACGAGGAGGAACUUUCUCGGACAAAAGAAGAAAACAAGAGACUACGUCAACUACUGGAGGCUGUUUUCAAGAAACCUCAAGUUGUGUUACACAGAACAGACGUCUGUGAAUUAUAUCGUCCACCUGAGCAGCAGGAGGGGUCCUCCAGUAUGGAGCAGAAGAGGUCACAGAACCUCCACGUGAAAGAAGAGGAGCCACAGCCCCCCCACUUAAAAGAUGAAGAGGAAGAGUCACAGACUCCUCACAUUGAGAAUAUACAGUCCCUUCACGUAAAAGAGGAACCGGAGGAUCCGCAGCCCUCCUACGUCAAAGAGGAAGAAAAACAGCGGCUGUCCCCCCACUUCAUAGAGGAAGACAAGAGACACCUCAUCAGUGUGAAGAGUGAAGAUGAUGAGGUCAAAGGUGAAAGUGAGGAGAAGAGAGAGGCGGAGCCUCCAAGCAGCAGCUCAACUCAACACAUGACAACAGAAGCUGAUGGAGACCACUGUGGAGGAUCACAAGCAGACAAGCUCUUAGCUCCACUAUCAGAUAGUGAGGACACAACGUCACACUCUCCUGACACUGAUGAUGAAGACUCUAAAGAUGAUAAGACAUGUCACACUGACAACACACACUUCACAUGUUCUCACUGUGACAAAACUUUUAAAUCUCCUAGUAAAUUGAAAAUACACAUGAGAACACACACUGGAGAAAAACCUUUUUUCUGCUCAGAAUGUGGUAAAAGUUUUGCAGUAAGUCAAACUUUAAAAGUACACAUGAGAACACACACUGGAGAAAAACCUUUUUCCUGCUCAGAAUGUGGUAAAAGUUUUGCAGUAAGUCAAACUUUAAAAGUACACAUGAGAACACACACUGGAGAAAAACCUUUUACAUGUUCAAUCUGCGGUAAAGAUUUUACUGAUAGGCACAAUUUGAAAAGACACAAGAGAAAACACACUGGAGAAAAACCUUUUUCCUGCUCAGAAUGUGGUAAAAGUUUUGCAGUAAGUCAAACUUUAAAAGUACACAUGAGAACACACACUGGAGAAAAACCUUUUUCCUGCUCAGAAUGUGAUAAAAGUUUUGCAGUAAGUCAAACUUUAAAAGUACACAUGAGAACACACACUGGAGAAAAACCUUUUACAUGUUCAAUCUGCGGUAAAGAUUUUACUGAUAGGCACAAUUUGAAAAGACACAAGAGAAAACACACUGGAGAAAAACCUUUUUCCUGCUCAGAAUGUGGUAAAAGUUUUGCAGUAAGUCAAACUUUAAAAGUACACAUGAGGACACACACUGGAGAAAAACCUUUUUCAUGUUCAAUCUGCGGUAAAGAUUUUACUGAUAGGCACGAUUUGAAAAGACACAUGAGAAAACACACUGGAGAAAAACCUUUUUCCUGCUCAGAAUGUGGUAAACGUUUUACAGUAAGUAAAAGUUUAAAAGUACACAUGAGAACACACACUGGAGAAAAACCUUUUUCCUGCUCAGAAUGUGGUAAAAGUUUUGCAGUAAAUCAAAGUUUAAAAGAACACAUGACAACACACACUGGAGAAAAACCUUUUUCGUGUUCAAUCUGCGGUAAAGAUUUUACUCACAGGCCCAAUUUCAAAGCACACAUGAGAAUACACACAGGAGAAAAACCUUUUUCCUGCUCAGAAUGUGGUAAAAGUUUUGCAGUAAAUCAAAGUUUAAAAGAACACAUGAGAAAACACACUGGUGAAAAACCUUUUUCGUGUUCAGUCUGCGGUAAAGAUUUUACUCACAGUUCCAAUUUCAAAGCACACAUGAGAAAACACACAGGAGAAAAACCUUUUUCCUGCUCAGAAUGUGGUAAAAGUUUUGCAGUAAAUCAAAGUUUAAAAGAACACAUGAGAAAACACACUGGUGAAAAACCUUUUUCGUGUUCAGUCUGCGGUAAAGAUUUUACUCACAGUUCCAAUUUCAAAGCACACAUGAGAAAACACACAGGAGAAAAACCUUUUUCCUGCUCAGAAUGUGGUAAAAGUUUUGCAGUAAAUCAAAGUUUAAAAGAACACAUGAGAAUACACACUGGUGAAAAACCUUUUUCGUGUUCAGUCUGCGGUAAAGAUUUUACUCACAGUUCCAGUUUCAACGCACACAUGAGAAUACACACUGGAGAAAAACCUUUUUCCUGCUCAGAAUGUGGUAAAAGUUUUGUAAAAAAUGUAAGUUUAAAAGUACACAUGAGAACACACACUGGUGAAAAACCAUACUCCUGUUCAAGCUGCAACAAAACCUUCCGUUACCUAAAAACUCUUACAGCACACAUGAGAACACAAACAGGAGAGAAAGUGUUGAGUUGCAGUGUGUGUGGUGAAAGAUUCUCUUCUAAGUACCAGUGUAAGAAACACAAGUGUGCUGGUGAGAACAGCAGCAGCAAAUGAAGACGCAGGAUUUAAAAUCAACUUUCUAACAACAUCAGCACAUAUAACAUGUGUGACAUCAUUGUUGUGUGUGUAACACAAUCUUGUUAAUAUGAUUCUAACAUUUAUAGAUUAGACACUUCAGAUUAGUGCUUUUAUUUCAGUCAAGUACAUGAGUUAAUAUACACAUUUGUGUACUUUAAAAUGAACAGAACAAUUUGACUGAAAAGGUGAGAAUAAACACUACAUAAAAUAUGUUACAUACAAUAAACAUUUUAAGUGUAGAUAUUCAUAGUUCACUUUCAUACUUAUUCAUAAGUGUUUUAUAUAUGUUUUUUGAAAUAAUGAAGGGUUACAUAUUUUAUUUUCUAAUUAUAGAUGAUUCCAUAGAUGAACUCCUUUAUAUGAUAUACAUAUUUGUUUUACAUGUGUUCAUACCUUUGCUUUUGAGUACACAUAAAUCCCUCUUAGUUCAUAUUUACUGGUUCACAUCUGAAACAACUUCUGGACCACGUCUGGAAGCAUAUUAUUAUUUACUUUUUAAAUCAUUAGAGCAGUUGUGUUUUAUACAAGAUCAUUUACUUUUAAAAUGUGUGACUUUAUGAAUCAUUUGUUGGGUCUCUAUAAUCCAUUCUAUUAAUUAUCUUUAUUACUCUCUUGUGUAAUAUGAAUAUUGUUGUGUGAUUGUUUUAUAUGUAUGUCCCCAGACAUUUAUGCA